AUGGAGGGCGAUAACCCCAAAGUAGUCUACAUGGAAGACAGUCGGACCAGGAACAAACCAAUGGAUAUAAAAAACAUUUACAAUAUGAAAAAGGAAGACGUAAUUGUACAGGAAUACAUUAACAAGAGUAGCAACUCCACCAUCAACAUGUAUAAUAAGGACCAAGUUAAUAUAUACAUUGAGAAUAGUGACUUGAAUAAAAAAAUAUACAAUUGUUAUACAUGCAAUAUACAGAUAUACAACUACUCCUUCUUUCGGUACCACUUUAAGUCCGAGUGGCACAAGUAUAAUUUGAAGAGGAAGCUUCUGAAUUUGAAUGCCGUCAAUGAAGUGACCUUUAACGAGAAGGUUCACAGCUUGACAAAAGGGGGUUCAGGCCCCGUCAGCGGAAACGGUGACGACCCCGCUAACAGUAAUCAAUGUGCACACAAGAAGCACAGCAAUGGGAAGAAAAAAAAAGAGAAAAAAAACCAAGCAGAAUUGUGUAGCGGCAAAAAAACGAGCAACGGAGGCAACUGCACGAACAAUAAUUGUGAAGCGCAAAAAAUUAAAUACGCAACGAAGGAAGAUGUUUUAAUGACAAAAAAUGUAAAGUAUGACAACCCCUUGGUGUGCUUCUUUGACAACAGAAUUUUUAAUUCAGUAGAAGAAAAUAUAAAACACAUGAAUGAUAAUUAUACUUUUUACAUCCCUGAUUUAAAGUAUGUUACAAAUUUGAAGAAGAUUCUUCUGACCAUAGGGAAGAAAAUUUACGAAGAAAACAUUUGCAUCUACUGUUUUCGCCAUUCCAAGUGUGUCAAGUCGUUACAAUCCCAUAUGAUCUGCAAGAGUCACACCAAACUGCAUGCAGACUUUUUUAUUUUUAUUCAAAAAUAUUACGAUUUCUCAAAGUCGUACGUUGACCUGUUAAAUAGAUACAUUACUAAUAAGGAGGACAAAGAGUUACUUCUGUGUAUGCUCCACAAGAAGAGGAACAACCAAAUUGAGUCCAAGCGUCACCUCAACAAAGAGAGAGGAGAGGAAGAAAAGACUCAGGAAAAGCAGGUGGAAGGAGAUCUCUCGACGGAUUGUGAUCAAAUCGCGCGGGAAAAUCGUUCAAACGUACGCUCGUAUAGCGCAGAGGAAACCAAGGCCCAACUUGAUAACGAAUAUAAAAGCGAAAGCGAUAACAACAGUGAUGAUUACAAAGUAAAGGAGGAAGAAUUAAGCAAAAGCAUAAACUAUGAUACCAUAUAUGAAGUCCUAGAAGAGUUUGGAUACACAAAACCUGAGUUAAAUGAAUACAACAAUUUAGUGCUUCCGGAUGGGUCGGAAGCUAUCAACAGAAAAAUUGCCUAUAUUUUUAAGCAGAAAUUGCCACUUGAAAAUAGAACCACAUCCAAAUGUGAAAAGCUUGAUGUUUUGAAAAAAAAAGAGAGCAACCAGGACUACAGCAGAUACAAGUCCUAUAUCGACGUCAUGAAAAAAUACAACUUAGAUUUGAAUGUGAAGACGAACGGCUUGAACAAGUUUUACAAGAGUGACUCCAUCUUCUUUUUAUGA